AGACUGUCUCCCCAAGUGGUUCGCGGUGGAAAUUAAGUCGGGAUUAAGUCCAGGAAGUUCAAUAAGCAGUGACUUUACCUGCGCACAGGUGCGUUUGGAGAGCUUAUCGUCCAGGAGUGGCAGUGGGAAGAGUGGGAAGAGUGGAAAGAGAGGAGCGCGCGAAAAGAAACAACCUGGAAAAGUUACGGAUGCAAACGUGCCAUUGACACUGAGGAACCGGAGCGACUCAGCUGUUGAGAUCUUCAUAUUCAAACACCACUGAGACAGGACACAUCUACAGCCAUGAAGAAAUAUACAUAUCCAGUGAGAUCAGCCAGCGCCCGGACAAGGAGAACAGAAAGAGAGGGAUCUGGCAUCACCAGUCCCACACUCAAACGGUCAUUUGAGGUGGAGGAGACAGAUUCAUCCACACACCCUUCGCCCCUGUCUCGUCGGAACACUAACCCCCUCCGCUCAUCCACCUCCUCCACAUCCAGCCAGCGGAGCUACGACCUGAGCUCCCGCAACUCUGACUACUCCUCUUCCAGAUCCUCCCCCUCCGAGUCCUCCAAUCCACGUUCCCCAAAGAGCGGCAUGAGGCGUAUUGAGUUAUCAGGGGGUCGCAACCCCGACACUGCCUCAUCCCGCCGCACAGAAAUGUCCAUUGAAGUUUCCUCUAAGCAGAUUGACAACUCACCCAGUGCUGGCAUCGCCCGCUUUGGCCUCAAGCGGCCCGAAGUCAGUCUGAGCAAUCGGAGUACUGCCCUGGACAGCUCCGCCAACUCCACCUCCAGCUCUACAAACAGGCGGGCAGAGCUCAGCAUGACAAGGUCCCAUGAGCCCCCCGCCCCUCCCAAGAGGAUGGAGUCCCAGCUGUCCUCGGCCCCAGUCUCAAGGAUCCCUGAGCCCCCUCAGAGAAGAGCAGAACCCCCGUCCCCGGUCAUCAGCCCAGUUGAAGGGGCGUCCAGGAGGCCAGAGAUGCCUGUCUUCAGACAGCCGGACGGUUUGGUGCCAAACAGUGCAGUGGAGAACAACAACCACCCACCCCCUGCUCCCAGUGCUCCCCUGCCUUCCCUGGCAGAGCCAAGGGUGGAGAGGGUGCAGUCACCUGUCACAGAGCCACCAACAACCCGACCAACAGACAGGCCAGAGGUGAUUCCCAGCUACAGCAGCAGUGCCAUGUCUGAGGCGGUGGUGCCUGAAGCUAUGGCGUCCCCAGCAGCGGGUGGCCUGUACGGGGAGAAGGCCAGCGGCCCUGCGGUGGACUUCAGUUACGUGGGCAUUGAUGCCAUUCUGGAGCAGAUGAGGAGGAAGGCCAUGAAGCAAGGUUUUGAGCUCAACAUUAUGGUUGUGGGGCAGAGUGGCCUGGGAAAGUCGACUCUGAUGAACACACUGUUCAAGUCUAAAGUCAGCCGUAAGUCAGUGCUGGCUACAGCCCAGGAGAAGAUCCCCAAAACGAUCGAAAUAAAGUCCAUCAGUCAUGACAUCGAGGAGAAGGGAGUGAGAAUGAAGCUGACAGUCAUUGACACGCCAGGAUUCGGAGACCAGAUCAACAAUGAGAACUGCUGGCAGCCCAUCAUGAAGUUCAUUAAUGACCAGUACGAGGCGUACCUGCAGGAGGAGAUAAACAUCAACAGGAAGAAAAGGAUUCCAGACUCCAGAGUCCACUGUUGCAUAUACUUCAUCCCCCCGACCGGACACUGUCUGCGGCCUCUUGAUGUGGAAUUCAUGAGACGUCUCAGUAAGGUGGUCAACAUUGUCCCAGUCAUAGCCAAGGCAGACACACUCACCCUGGAGGAGAGGGACUUCUUCAAAAAGAAGAUCAGGGAAGAGCUGCGAGCCAACGGGAUUGACGUGUACCCUCAGAAGGAGUUUGACGAGGAUGCUGAGGACAGAAUGAUCAACGAGAAGAUCAGGGAGAUGAUCCCAUUUGCUGUGGUGGGCAGCGACCAGGAGUACCAAGUCAAUGGCAGGAGGCUGCUGGGGAGGAAGACCAAGUGGGGAACCAUUGAAGUUGAGAACAUUGCCCACUGUGAGUUUGCUUAUUUACGGGAUCUCCUCAUCAGGACCCAUAUGCAGAACAUAAAGGACAUCACCAGCAGCAUCCACUAUGAAAUGUAUCGCGUCAGGCGCCUCAAUGAGAAUAACACGGGAGUGGCUCACGCCAACGGUAUCCCAGAGCACCAUCUUGCCGCCCACGAGAUGUAGACGCCACCUGCCCCGCUGCAGAUGACCUCAACUGGGUGUAUUUCAUUUGCUUUUAAGACUUUUGACCUUCAUUGACAGUCUUCCCACCACUCCAGCCCUCCACUCCAUCCAGCUUCCAUCUCACAGGUGGGAAAGAAACUCAAAGCCUGCCAGAGGGACUUUAUUCUCAAUGACUUUCGGCGGCUGAACGGACUGUUCAUGUCAGUUUAUCGCCUCAUUAACAAACACUAUCCUCUCACUAUCACUGACAAAGAGAGUGAAGAGAAGUUUGAUUCUUCGUAACGUGCCGCAGCUCGAUUUUACCUGCUUCCAAAUCUUACAGUUAACCUCUGUGGUGCCAAACAUUUAGGCAUCUGCCGAACACAACGGACUGACGCUCAGUAUCCUCCAGUGUCAGAACUGCCUUAACCAGUAACCUGUUAAUCUUGUCCAUUUUUACUUUUAAGUUUGUUUCUUAGCUUUUAAGAGUUCAUGCCGUAACAGCAGCACAGUUUCCCGUCUUCAUGCACACAGCUGUAUCAACAUAUGUGGGAAGUGAUGAUGUUCAUUAUUGCACUUGAUCACUACAUAGUCUGUCAGUACAGCAUGUUGGAAGGGGGCCAGUCAGCACUUUGCCAACAUGUGACGCACACACAGUCAGUCUGUGUGACGCAGCAUCAGUCAGCCCCCCCCCGGUUAAACAAACAGCACAUCAUAUGUUCGUAUCUUUUUGUCACAGGCUGCGUUUUGCUUUGUUUGUCAAAUGUUCAUGUCAUGUUAAAUACGGACGUCAGCUCCUCUGCGCCAUUUUUAAAUUCCCAGUAAUAAAUGUCAUUGUUUAUUAAUAGAAAUACCUUAAGAGUGAUUUAAGAUGAGUAUUUAUGCACGAUAUAAAAUGUGAAAGUUUGUCAUCAGUUGUGGUCCACUUAAUCAGAUUAUUCACACACACGUACACACACAAGUGCACACACGCUCGCACACACACAUGUACAUUUCCUGCUUUUGGGCCCAUCGCAGUGCCUUAUUUAUUGGAGAAUGUUUGCCAGCAUUUUGGCUGAAACUGGAAAGAGAGCAGGUUUGUUGGUGCCAAGUUGACGACAUUUAGACAUUUUAGCCAGGAAAAAAAUCCAAUCCUCCCCUGACGAGCCCAGUUUUUUUUUUUCUUUCCCUAUUUUUCAUAAUAUACCAAGGAUCUUUAUCUGUUUGAACCAUAUAUAAUUCCCUACGCUGUCACCGUCAUGCUCUGUCCUGUAUAUUCCUCUGUGUUCUGAUACAUUUUUUGUACUUGUAUUAUUGAUAACAACAAAUUUUUCCUUUAUGUUAUUUUAAAGAAAUAAAGAACUUGUAAAUAUAUAAU